CAUGGUGCAAUCAAGACUUUCAGUUGUCUUUUUCUUGUUGGGUUUGCCAUUUUGCCUGGCAAUCCCUAUUCCCCUUGAAGACAGCCAUGAAUUCACAGAGAAAGACCUUCAGUUUGCAGAGCGCUAUCUCAGGAAUCACUAUGAUCUCCGUCCAAACCCUGCUGGCAUAAUGAGGAAGAGUGCCAACACGGUGGCAUCUAAACUUCGAGAAAUGCAAGCAUUUUUUGGCUUGGAGGUGACGGGCAAAUUAGAUGAAGAAACAUAUGAGCUGAUGCAGAAACCAAGAUGUGGCGUCCCAGAUGUGGGGGAGUAUAACUUUUUCCCUAGAAAACUGAAGUGGUCAAAAACUAAUUUGACAUACAGAAUUAUGAAUUACACUUCAGAUCUGAGACGCGCUGAAGUAGACAGAGCUUUCAAAAAAGCAUUCAAAGUUUGGUCUGAUGUGACACCGCUUAACUUCACCAGAAUACGAAGUGGUAUAGCUGAUAUCAUGAUCUCCUUUGGCACUAAAGAACAUGGUGACUUUUACCCCUUCGAUGGACCCUCUGGAUUACUGGCUCAUGCUUUCCCCCCUGGUCCAGACUAUGGAGGAGAUGCCCAUUUUGAUGAUGAUGAAGCUUGGUCAGAUGAUUCUCGAGGGUAUAACUUGUUUCUUGUUGCGGCCCAUGAAUUUGGUCAUUCACUGGGACUUGAACACUCUAGAGAUCCUGGAGCUCUGAUGUUUCCAAUUUACACAUACACUGGAAAAACUGGUUUUGUGCUUCCUGAUGAUGACGUACAAGGGAUCCAAGAGCUCUAUGGUGCUGGAGAGAAAGAUCCCAAUCCAAAACACCCCAAAACACCAGAGAAAUGUGACGCAGAGUUAUCACUUGAUGCAAUAACAGAACUUCGUGGAGAAAUGCUGGUCUUCAAGGACAGGUUUUUCUGGCGACUGCACCCUCAGAUGGUUGAGGCAGAACUGGUGUUACUUAAAUCCUUUUGGCCAGAGCUUCCAAACAAAAUAGAUGCAGCUUAUGAAAACCCCAUCAAAGACCUUGUGUUCAUGUUUAAGGGCAAGAAAGUCUGGGCUUUGAAUGGCUACGACAUAGUUAAAGACUUUCCUAAAAAGAUAUAUGAAAUGGGUUUCCCGAAAGAAAUGAAAAGAAUAGAUGCAGCUGUCCAUAUUAAAGACACGGGCAAGACUCUCUUUUUUACUGGAAACAAGUACUGGAGUUACGAUGAAGAGGCGGAGGUUAUGGAAGCAGGCUACCCCAGGCUGAUAGAGGAAGAAUAUGCAGGAAUUGGUGAUCGAGUGGAUGCAGUCUAUGAAAGAAAUGGUUAUCUCUACUUCUUCAAUGGACCGCUGCAGUUUGAAUACAGCAUCUGGAGCAAAAGAAUUGUCCGUGUCCUGCAUACUAACUCCAUAUUUUGGUGCUAAUUACAGUUGAGUGCCAUGUCAUAGGCUGCAGAGCAGCUUGUAGUACAUGGAAAUAAUAAUGUGGGCGUACAGAUUUAUUAGAGGGCAGCAAGGUUCUGUGAACAAACACUGGCUACCUACCACCAAAUUUAUACUGUAUAUAUGGAACUAUAUAGCUGUAUGUCAGUCUGGGACUGAAUUAACUUAAUAGGAAAGAAAAAAAGAAAUUAUUAGCAUUUCAAGGGGCAUUACACCAUUUUAAGUUUGUCUAGUAUUGAAGUGAGAUGCUGGAUACAUCCUACAUGAUCGUGAGCACUACUAAUUCCCAGUAAUCU